CUCCCUCCUUGCGGAGCCGGCUCCCGAGGAGACGCGCGCAGCUGACAUUGUCUUCGCACAACUAUUGCAGCGGGCCCCAGAGCUUUCUCCCUCCUGUGCACAAUGGCAACUCUUAAGGAAAAACUCAUUGCACCGGUUGCAGAAGAAGAAGCAGCCGUCCCAAACAAUAAGAUCACUGUAGUGGGUGUUGGACAAGUUGGUAUGGCGUGUGCUAUCAGCAUUCUGGGAAAGUCUUUGGCUGAUGAACUUGCUCUUGUGGAUGUUUUGGAAGAUAAGCUUAAAGGGGAAAUGAUGGAUCUGCAGCAUGGGAGCUUAUUUCUUCAGACGUCUAAAAUUGUGGCAGAUAAAGAUUACUCUGUGACCGCCAAUUCUAAGAUUGUGGUGGUAACUGCAGGCGUCCGUCAGCAAGAGGGGGAGAGUCGUCUCAAUCUGGUGCAGAGAAAUGUUAAUGUCUUCAAGUUCAUUAUUCCUCAGAUCGUCAAGUACAGUCCUGAUUGCAUCAUAAUUGUGGUUUCCAACCCAGUGGACAUUCUUACGUAUGUUACCUGGAAACUAAGCGGAUUACCCAAGCACCGUGUGAUUGGAAGUGGGUGUAAUCUGGAUUCUGCUAUGGCUGUGUGGAGUGGAGUGAAUGUGGCAGGUGUUUCUCUCCAGGAGUUGAAUCCAGAAAUGGGAACAGACAAUGAUAGUGAAAAUUGGAAAGAAGUGCAUAAGAUGGUGGUUGAGAGUGCCUAUGAAGUUAUCAAGCUAAAAGGAUAUACCAAUUGGGCCAUUGGAUUAAGUGUAGCUGAUCUUAUUGAAUCCAUGCUGAAAAAUCUAUCCAGGAUUCAUCCAGUAUCAACAAUGGUGAAGGUAAGACAAACUACUGCAAAAUGUAAUAUUAUUUCUAGCAUCGUAUUCUAUAAACAACUGCACAUUAAGAGAACAUAUUUUGAUAUUAAAAUGCCUAUGUCGCUGGUAACUGGAGUAGGUGGUCCAAGGCAGGUCCCGGACCCCACGGUCAUGGAAUGUGUAGUGGCCCGAUUGCAGAAUGGAGGAUGGACACAGAAAGAAACACACAGACACAAACAAGACGUACAAGACUGCAGUGGCCGAUUCCACCAGUCGUUUUAUUUAUAUACUUUUUCUAUGUCCGGCAGCUACUUUCUGGUUCUGCAGUUCAGUGCCCAACGAACUCAAGAUUUAGUAAGGGCUGCUCACCCUAGACCUACUAACCCUCCCUCUGACAAAGCUUCAUUCCAGGUGCAGCCUGGAGAUCUCAUCUGGAUAAAGAAGCUUCAACCGGCUACUUUAGAGACCAAGUGGACUGGACCUCUGCCGGUGAUCCUCACCACCCCAACAGCCGUGAAAGUCGCAGGAAAGCGCCACUGGAUUCACCGUACCCAGAUCAAGAAGGCGACUCCGGCUCAACCCACUGAGGAGCCGUUAAAGAUAAGACUUUUAAAACACACUUCUGGAGCACUUUGA